AUGGUCAAGCUGUUUUCGAGAAAGAUCGACCAGCUGGCGGAGGGAGCAGGUGUGGGAGGGGGUGCCGACCACGAGGGAGGAGGCGAGAAGACGGGACGCGUCUCGGUCGAGGACGACGGCGAGGGCGCCGGACAUCGAACGGAGCGUACGGGGGAGCACGGAGUGGCGCUCGGGGAGCGGGUGGACGAGCGAGUAGAGCUUAUCGAGCAGCAGGCGACAGGGGAAACAACGGCUGUCGAGGAGCAGGAGGGCGGAGCGGCUGCGCAGGAGGGUGGGGUCGGAGGGCACCAGCAAGUGGUGGGCGAGGCGGCUGCGCAGGAGGGCGGGGCAGGAGGGCAGCAGCAGGAGGGCGUGGCGGCUGCGCAGGAGGGUGGGGCAGGAGUGCAGCAGCAGGAGUUUAGGGUUGCGGCUGCGCGGGUGGGUGGGUCGGGGGGGCAGGAGCAGGAGGUCGGGGAGGCUGUUGAGGAGUAUUGUCGAGGAGAUGAGCGACAGGCCGCCGUAACAAGGAGUCACCGCACGGCCAGAGGCAGCGGACAGGCGGGCCCUUCGACCGGGUGGCCUUCGACGGCAGGCCAAUCGACGGCGAACGUUGCACCCGGAAGCCAGGUCGUCGAGCUACUGCAGAGGGUCGAGAAGGUCGAGGCGUCGCAGAAGCAGCUCGUCGCCGAUGUAUUUGCGAAACACACUGAGCAAGCCGGAGUAUUCAACAUGCUUGCGGCGGAUUUUCGGACGGCGUGGAAUACGAUUUCGGAGUCGUCGAAGAGCACACUGUCGCAGUGCGCCGAGGCUGUGAAGGGUGUCACGGUGGAGAGGAACCUGUUGGAAGGGGCGCGGGCGAAGAUCGACGAGAUGAGCGGGAAGAUCAUCGAGGGGGUGGUAGCUGCCAUCACAAAAGCGAGCGAGGACGCCGUCGAGAAGCAGCUCAAGCAGGUCGAGGAGCGGCUGGUUGCUGCGGUGCUAAAGGGUUUCGAGAAAGCCAUCAUGGAGGACAUGUUUUGCUCCACCCUCCCACCCGAGACCAUGAAGGAGCUGAAGGACAUUGUGAGGGAAGGCUACCAUGAAGCCGAAGCAGGGAGGUUGGAAGUCCUCACGGAAGCGAUGGCGAGAGGUUUUCAGCGCUCGGCGGGCCCGUCGACGAGGUCGCAUCAAGAGGGUGUGGGAGGGGUUCACAGCGGGGCUGAGCCUCGAGGUCACGAGCGGUCGGUUCCUUCGUCUUCUUCGGUGGGAGGACAUGUCGGCAGCCCGGUUGGAUCCCCACCGGCGCGUGGCCGUCAUCCCGUCGCCAAGCCCGUCCCCGAAGUCAUCGUACUCGACCAGUCAGCCCUCCCGAAGACCUCCGUAGCGGCUCCGAUCGAUCAACCUGAUGCGUUUGCUUCGAUGGGGGACAUGCUGCAAGACCUGGGGAAAACGGGUGGGAAAGGAGUGGUCGCGGGGGAGAAAAGUGGUGCCCCGAACGAGCACGUCGCCUCGACCGGGAACAGAGCCCUAGGAAUGCGAGGUGCCUCUACCCCGUCAGGCGGCGGUGCAGGGAAAGGAGCGGGAGAAGCAAGCGCUGGGUUGCUGUCGAAGACUAAAGCGGCAUCAGCUGCGCACGGCGGUGGUGCUGGCCUUGCUGCCGGGCUUGUGGGAAAUGGGGCGUCUUCCUCAACCCCUCCAGUUGCUCCUGUCGCCGCUGCUCCGUCCCUAGGCAACGUUUGCCUUAGCGAUCCGGGCUCCCCUUCAAAGUCGAAGAAGAAGCCGGCUGCAACGAAGUCGUCGAAGCGCGCUGCACACGCGACAGAGAGCCUUGACGUGGUGGAGCUGGCCAGCGUCCCUGGUCAGGCGCCUGUCGAGAAGACCUCUAUUGUCAUUGCUGCUCGACAGGAAAAGGCGAAGAAGGCCAGGGUCACGGGUCACACCCCACCUCCUCGACCGGACGACCAAGGCAAGACGAGAGGCUGCAAACGUCCCUUCAAAGGACAGGGUUUUGGGUUGCGGAAGGGGAAGCUGGUUUCCGAGCAGACCGUCGGCGGGAGGAAGCGGUUCCUUGGCACAUUUGAAACAGAGAAGGACCAGAAGUUCUGUACGGCCGUCUGCUGGCGCGUGUACUUCCCCGACGUUGUCCUUACGGAAUACGAAGGGUACACGGCGCAGGAUGAGGAGGACUGGAAGGUCUACCUCGAUGCGGUCGCAGAAAUGCCAACCGGCGUUUGGAGCGUGGCGCAAGAACAAGGGGAAUGUCGUUUCGACGAGUAA